AUGAAUGAUAUUUUAAAUUGCCUGAGCGCGUUGAUCUGCCAUGAGAAGAACUCUUUGUGGAGUAACCUGUACUCGCAGGACAAGGACAACACGGGCAAGGUCCACAUAAACAUAUGGAGGGAGGAGCUGGAAAAGCUGAGUAGGACGAAGAAGGUGCCAUGGAUAUACCUGUGCAAGAAACUCAAAAUGAUCGAAGGCAACCAGGUGCACUACAACAGCAUACUUAACAGAUUCAAGAUUAAUUAUGAACCGAGCCAGAACUUCCUCAACACAGAAUGGAAGAGUGAGUGCUUCGAGCAUUUGUAUGAGGCGUUGCUAAAGGCAGACUUGAGUUUACGUGAAACCCUCAUGGUGUUUGAUAAAAAUUUGGACGGGAAGGUUUCCUUUGCAGAGUUCGAACAGGUGCUCAAGGACCUCAACAUAGACCUGUCGAAUGAGCAGAUCCGCAUCCUUGUACGGUUGAUAAACAGCAACUCGCUGUGCAAGAAGGAGAACGCACAAGAGAAUGACAAAAUCGACGUGGCAGAAUUCAUUGGCAAAAUGAGAGUAUGUUAUCGACUAGCCAUAAAUAAAGAGUACACAAACAACGAUAAAAUUAGCAAAUUAAUUGAAGCGAUCGGGAAACAUAUCCUGGCCGACAGUGCGGACACAGCUAAUUUUCAUUACAAGUUUUAUGAGGAAAAUAAUGAGAGGGGUGGAUCGGAGAGGAGGAAGAGGUCCAGUGUGGUCAAAUCCGUUGCCCUGUUUCAGAAGUUUAAAAAUUACGACAAUUUUGGAAAUGGCUACCUCGAUUAUGAAGACUUCGUGCGGGCGAUCAAAAACUUUGACAUGAACAAGAUCAGCAAGGAGGUGGAGUUCGACGUGGACGACGAAAUUUUGAUGGAGCUAGCUAAAUCCAUAGACAUAACAAAAUCGUCCAAGAUAAACUUCCUGGAGUUCCUGCAGGCCUUUUACGUCGUGAACAAGAGCAAGUAUUCCUACGUGGACGAGAUCUGGUGCCACAUAUGCACCGUCAUUUACGAGAACAAACUGGCCCUGAAGAAAUGCAUGAAGUACCUCGAGGACACCAUGCAGGGGAAAAUAACGAGCAUACACUUCCGUUACAUUUUAAUGGAGCUGAACAAAAUUCUGCAGGAGCACAAGCAUGAGAAGUAA